AGGCUUAUUGCAAGAGCUUGCACGUUCAGGAUGCCGACAGCUGAAAUCGCAAUCGCCCGCUACCGUGACCACAUACAUAAACUGGCCGGUCUUCGCCGACGACGGAGCGUCGUUUUGAGAGGCUAGCGGGUUAUAUUUGCAGGUAGCGCCAAUCGAAAAUGGUCGGACGACGUGUUGUGAUCAGCUUUCUUCUUGUGGCCUUCGUCGCACAGGGCUCGGCUGCUCCCACGGAUGAUGAGUGCGACAUCCACGCUUUGGACAAUUGCGCCGCUGACCUGUUCGUGUUCUCCACCAGGAAUACACUUCCGGAAACCGAAAGUGACCUGGCAACAUUCUGCAAGCUUCAAUUAGAUGCGGUGGCCUGCGGCCGCGCCUACAUCGAGAAGUGCACUAGUGGCCCGGCUCGAGGUUGGAGCGACAUCUUCCUGGACAACGUCAAAGGAGAGAUCGAGAAACGCUGCAAAACGUCGUUCCGGUACCACAAUGAGUCAAUAAAACAUGCGCCUUGCCUGAAUAAGGUGGGCUCUUUGUUAAACACCUGCAUGAAGAACACCAUCGUUGACCUGGACGUUGCCUCGCGGUUGCCGCAGGAACAUCGGAUUGCCGGCGCUUGCUGCAAGUACAACAAGCUGGCCCGGUGCGUGCGCAAGGCGGUGGAGCCCACAUGCCCGACGGAGGCGCUCGUGUUCAUCGAGGACGUGCUGAGUCGCUACGACUUUUACCUGCUGGGUGACGUGUGCGCGAGUUACGGGCCGGGCGACAAGUGCAACGGCAUCCAGUACGACGACAAACCCGGCGACGCCAGCCUGCGCUCCGUGCUCACGCCGCUCAUCAGAAUUUUCGCUGCUCUGUAUGUUUACCGCUGACUGCGCGUUGCAUCUGCGACCAGAAUGGAGGUGAAUAAAUCGAACUCAUCGUCGUGAACAAUGACGCCG